GGUACCACCGCUGGCAUUUACGGCCAGAUCCUUCAGGGGGCGCUGCAUCCCAAGCCGCGCAGGAAGCGGCUCCGGCUCCGGGACAGACGGCGCUCCGAGGGGGCGGGCCCGGCUGCGUGCUUGGCGCUGGAGGGCCCUGAGCGGCGCUUUCCACCGGUGCGCGGCCAGGCAGCGCUUUCCCCGAAUGCCCAUGGCUCUGGCGGGUCCCCUCCUGUUCCGCAUCGGGUAUAAUCUCUAUGCCCACACUCGGCUGGGCUACCUGUUCUACAAGCGUCAGGUGAAGAAAGCGCGGGAGCGUUACCCCCAGGGGCACUCUGUUCCUCAGCCUGUGGUGUUCAGCGGAGUGAAGAUUCUUCCCAUCCCUGUCCUGUCCAAUAACUACAGCUAUCUUGUUAUUGAUACUGGCUCAAACUGUGCUGCAGCUGUAGACCCCUCUGACCCACUGGCGGUACAGUCGGUCAUCGAGGAAGAGGGGGUGACGCUGGAGGCCAUCCUGUGCACUCACAAGCAUUGGGACCACAGUGGAGGCAAUGCAGCGCUGAGGCGGCGGCACAGCUCUUGCCGAGUCUAUGGCAGCAGCUAUGACGACAUCCCAGAACUGACAGAUCCCCUCUCAGAUAAAGAGACCGUUGUGAUAGGACGUCUGAACUUCAAGGCCCUCUUCACGCCGGGACACACUGUGGGGCAUAUGGUGUACGUGCUAGAUGGCAAACCUUUUGAAGGGCCAGCCUCUCUCUUCUCUGGAGACCUCCUUUUCCUCUCUGGCUGUGGUCGGAUAUUUGAAGGGACGCCAGAAACAAUGCUGGCAUCACUGGACAUGGCAGCUGACCUUGCUGAAGACACACUGCUUUGGCCAGGGCACGAGUACGCUUCAGAGUGCUUAAUGUUUGCACGCCUUCUGGAGCUGGAGAAUCCCGUCCUGGAGCAGAAGCUACAGUGGGUGAAUCAACAGCGGGUUGAGAAGAGAAGCACGUGCCCUUCUACCAUCGGCGAGGAGAAGCAGUACAAUCCCUUCCUGCGGACGCACUGCCCGGAGGUGCAAGAAGCCGUGGGGAUGAAGCGCCAAAGGGACGAGGACUGGGACACCUUCCGAGCCCGGGUGCUGAAGGAGGUGCGCCUGCGGAAGGAUGUCUUCAAAGCAAACUAGCAACCUCGGGUGGCGUCAGGUUGGAGCCACAGGCAGGGCGCACCCACAGGCAGGGGCCAGGCAGGGCCUCUCUGCAAGGAGGAGCCUGAUCACAUAGCGGGCUCUACUAUGCUCAUGAGGAGGGAUCUACUUGGAUGCUGAUCUCUCAUGCAGUGCGAAGUGGAAUGGCAAAAAAAAUAAUGGAGGGGUUCAGGCUCGUUUCUUGAGCUCCCCGUCCCCCAGAAAGUUUUGUUGGUGCUGCUACUUAUCCAUGAGGCAUGGCGAGUGGGACUUGCAGCCUUUCAGCUGCAAAGGUGAUUUGGUAGUGGAUUCAGGUGUGCUUGGGUGGCUCCAUAUCCCCUGCUGUUUUCAAAACACCUGUUGUGGGGGGUG